GUGGUGAGAGCGGCGGCGGCAGCGGCGGCGGCGGCACCGCCUCCUCCUCACACUCCCGAGGUGGCGGGGUUAGAUGAGCGGCCCCAGUAGCGGCGAGGGCCGUGCAGUGGGGAGAAGGAAAAAGAGGAGGAGGAGGGGGUCGUUGCUGUCUUUGUAGUUUCCUGGUUGCUGGAGCGAGAGGCCACCGCCGGAGCCGUCGUCGUUGGAAAAGGGCUGUGUGUGUGCGCGCGCCUGUCUGCCUGCCUGGCCCGCGGGGACCCGGCAGCAGCGGCGAGGAUGAUGAUGUGCGCAGCCAAUGCCUCCCCCGCCGCCGCCUCCUCGGGGGCUGGCGGGGACGGAUUCUUCUCCGCCACCACUGUCUCUUCCUUCCCAGCGCCGGGGGCGCUGUUCAUGCCGGUUCCCGAGGGGUCCGUGGCUGCUGCGGGGCUGGGGCUGGGGUUGCCCGCCGCGGACUCCCGGGGUCACUACCAGCUGCUGCUGUCAGGCCGGGCCCUGGCCGACCGCUACCGGAGGAUUUACACAGCUGCGCUCAGUGACAGGGACCCGGGGGGCAGCAGCGCGGGACACUCGGCCUCCAGGAAUAAGAAAAUUUUAAAUAAGAAGAAGUUGAAAAGAAAACAGAAGAGCAAAUCAAAAGUCAAGACAAGAAGCAAGUUUGAAAACUUGGAAAAUACAGUAAUCAUACCAGAUAUCAAACUACAUAGCAAUCCUUCUGCAUUUAAUAUUUAUUGCAAUGUACGUCAUUGUGUUCUGGAAUGGCAGAAAAAGGAAAUAUCCUUGGCAGCUGCAUCAAAGAACUCUGUGCAGAGUGGGGAGUCAGAUAGUGAUGAAGAGGAAGAAUCCAAAGAACCCCCUAUCAAGCUUCCAAAGAUCAUUGAGGUUGGACUUUGUGAAGUUUUUGAAUUGAUCAAGGAGACACGAUUUUCUCACCCAUCCUUGUGCCUCAGGAGUCUCCAAGCCCUGCUUAACGUGCUGCAGGGGCAGCAGCCAGAAGGCCUCCAGUCAGAGCCACCCGAGGUCCUAGAGUCUCUCUUCCAGCUUCUUUUGGAAAUCACUGUUCGAAGCACUGGGAUGAAUGACAGCACAGGACAGUCUCUGACAGCACUUUCCUGUGCUUGCCUCUUUAGUCUGGUGGCUUCUUGGGGAGAAACCGGAAGGACACUUCAGGCCAUCUCUGCUAUUCUCACCAACAAUGGCAGUCAUGCUUGCCAAACUAUUCAGGUGCCAACAAUACUGAAUUCACUACAGAGAAGUGUACAGGCAGUGUUAGUAGGAAAAAUUCAAAUUCAGGACUGGUUUAGCAAUGGCAUUAAAAAAGCAGCUUUAAUGCACAGGUGGCCUUUAAAAGAAAUAUCUGUUGAUGAAGAUGAUCAAUGUCUACUUCAGAAUGAUGGAUUCUUCCUUUAUCUGUUGUGCAAGGAUGGAUUGUACAAAAUAGGCUCUGGAUACAGUGGAACAGUGAGGGGCCAUAUAUACAAUUCCACAUCUCGCAUCAGAAACAGAAAAGAAAAAAAAUCUUGGUUAGGAUAUGCUCAGGGUUAUCUAUUGUAUAGAGAUGUGAAUAACCACAGCAUGACAGCCAUAAGAAUAAGCCCAGAAACACUGGAACAAGAUGGAACUGUAAUGUUACCAGAUUGCCACACUGAAGGUCAAAAUAUUUUAUUCACUGAUGGAGAAUAUAUUAAUCAGAUAGCUGCUUCAAGAGAUGAUGGCUUUGUUGUCAGAAUAUUUGCCACAAGUACUGAACCUGUGCUACAACAAGAACUACAACUUAAACUGGCCAGAAAAUGCUUGCAUGCCUGUGGUAUCUCACUGUUUGAUCUGGAAAAGGAUUUGCAUAUUAUAAGUACAGGAUUUGAUGAGGAGUCAGCAAUUCUUGGCGCAGGACGGGAGUUUGCACUAAUGAAAACAGCAAAUGGAAAGAUAUAUUACACAGGCAAGUACCAGAGUCUUGGAAUCAAACAAGGUGGUCCUUCAGCAGGAAAGUGGGUUGAGCUACCAAUUACAAAAUCUCCAAAAAUUGUUCACUUCUCUGUCGGACAUGAUGGCUCUCACGCCCUUUUAGUUGCAGAAGAUGGAAGCAUAUUCUUUACAGGAUCUGCUAGUAAAGGAGAAGAUGGAGAGUCAACUAAGAGCAGACGACAAUCAAAACCAUAUAAACCUAAAAAGAUAAUUAAGAUGGAAGGAAAGAUUGUGGUGUAUACAGCCUGCAAUAAUGGAAGUAGUUCUGUUAUUUCUAAAGAUGGAGAGCUGUACAUGUUUGGAAAAGAUGCCAUUUACUCUGAUAGUUCAAGUUUGGUAACAGAUUUGAAGGGCCAUUUCGUAAUUCAGGUAGCUAUGGGCAAAGCUCACACUUGUGUUUUAAUGAAGAAUGGAGAAGUUUGGACAUUUGGUGUAAAUAAUAAAGGACAGUGUGGAAGAGACACGGGUGCCAUGAACCAAGGUGGGAAAGGGUUUGGAGUUGAAAAUAUGGCCACGGCAAUGGAUGAAGACCUGGAAGAAGAGCUGGAUGAAAAAGAUGAGAAGUCUAUGAUGUGCCCUCCUGGCAUGCAUAAGUGGAAGCUGGAGCAGUGCAUGGUGUGCACUGUCUGUGGAGACUGUACAGGCUAUGGAGCCAGCUGUGUCAGUAGUGGGCGUCCAGACAGAGUUCCUGGAGGGAUUUGUGGCUGUGGUUCUGGAGAAUCUGGCUGUGCUGUGUGUGGAUGUUGCAAGGCUUGUGCAAGAGAGCUGGAUGGUCAAGAAGCAAGACAAAGAGGAAUUCUUGAUGCAGUGAAAGAGAUGAUACCUUUAGAUCUCCUGUUAGCUGUCCCAGUACCUGGAGUUAACAUUGAAGAACACCUUCAGUUAAGACAAGAAGAAAAACGGCAGCGAGUAAUCAGGAGGCACAGAAUAGAAGAUGGAAGAGGCCCCCUUCUAUUUGCUGGUCCUAUUUUUAUGAACCAUCGAGAGCAGGCUCUAGCCAGACUCAGAUCCCAUCCAGCACAGCUAAAGCAUAAACGGGACAAGCACAAAGAUGGAAGUGGAGAACGGGGAGAAAAGGAUGCAAGCAAAAUCACAACAUAUCCUCCAGGCUCUGUGCGGUUUGAUUGUGAGCUCCGGGCAGUGCAAGUCAGCUGUGGAUUUCACCAUUCAGUGGUUUUAAUGGAGAACGGAGAUGUCUAUACAUUUGGCUACGGGCAGCAUGGGCAGCUAGGACAUGGAGAUGUCAAUUCCAGGGGAUGUCCCACUCUUGUUCAAGCAUUACCAGGCCCUAGCACACAAGUUACUGCAGGCAGCAACCAUACGGCAGUACUUUUAAUGGAUGGACAGGUCUUCACAUUUGGAAGUUUUUCUAAAGGACAACUGGGCAGACCAAUUCUGGAUGUGCCAUAUUGGAAUGCAAAACCAGCUCCCAUGCCUAACAUUGGAUCAAAAUAUGGAAGAAAAGCUACCUGGAUAGGUGCAAGUGGGGACCAGACUUUCUUGCGAAUUGAUGAAGCACUAAUCAAUUCACAUGUGCUUGCUACAUCAGAAAUUUUUGCCAGUAGACACAUAAUAGGCUUGAUACCUGCUUCUAUAUCAGAACCUCCUCCGUUUAAGUGUCUUCUGAUAAACAAAGUGGAUGGGAGUUGUAAAACGUUUAAUGACUCUGAGCAAGAAGAUCUGCAAGGGUUUGGUGUGUGUCUUGAUCCUGUGUAUGAUGUCAUUUGGAGGUUUCGACCAAAUACUAGAGAACUGUGGUGUUACAAUGCGGUGGUUGCUGAUGCCAGACUUCCUUCUGCAACAGACAUGCAGUCCCGAUGCAGCAUUCUAAGCCCUGAACUUGCAUUACCAACAGGAUCAAGGGCUCUCACCACCCGCUCUCAUGCAGCUUUGCACAUUCUAGGUUGUCUUGAUACCUUGGCAACUAUGCAGGAUUUAAAAAUGGGUGUUGCAAGUACGGAGGAGGAGACUCAAGCAGUAAUGAAGGUUUAUUCCAAAGAAGAUUAUAGUGUAGUGAACAGGUUUGAAAGUCAUGGAGGAGGCUGGGGUUACUCUGCUCAUUCAGUAGAAGCUAUACGUUUCAGUGCUGACACUGAUAUUUUACUUGGUGGUCUUGGUCUGUUUGGUGGUAGAGGAGAAUAUACUGCCAAAAUUAAGCUAUUUGAGUUGGGACCUGAUGGAGGAGACCAUGAAACUGAUGGAGACCUUCUUGCAGAGACUGAUGUGUUGGCUUAUGACUGUGCUGCCAGAGAAAAGUACGCAAUGAUGUUUGAUGAGCCAGUUCUCCUGCAAGCUGGGUGGUGGUACGUGGCCUGGGCUCGAGUGUCAGGGCCCAGCAGUGACUGUGGGUCCCAUGGGCAAGCGUCCAUCACUACAGAUGAUGGGGUUGUUUUCCAGUUUAAAAGUUCAAAGAAAUCAAAUAAUGGUACAGAUGUUAAUGCUGGUCAGAUACCUCAAUUAUUAUACAGACUUCCAACCAGUGAUGGCAGUGCUUCAAAAGGCAAACAGCAAACUAGUGAACCUGUACACAUUUUAAAGAGAUCUUUUGCAAGAACCGUUUCAGUGGAAUGUUUUGAGUCACUGUUGAGUAUUCUUCACUGGAGCUGGACCACCCUAGUCCUAGGAGUUGAAGAACUUAGAGGAUUAAAAGGAUUCCAGUUUACAGCUACACUUCUAGAUUUGGAGAGGCUGCGCUUUGUGGGUACCUGUUGUCUGAGGUUAUUGCGUGUCUAUACCUGUGAAAUUUACCCAGUGUCAGCUACAGGUAAAGCAGUUGUGGAAGAAACUAGCAAAUUAGCAGAAUGUAUUGGAAAAACCAGAACUUUGUUAAGGAAAAUUCUAUCAGAAGGAGUGGAUCACUGUAUGGUGAAGCUGGAUAACGAUCCUCAGGGAUAUCUCAGUCAACCCUUGAGCCUCCUAGAGGCCGUGCUGCAGGAGUGCCAUAACACCUUCACCGCCUGCUUCCACUCCUUCUACCCGACGCCGGCCUUGCAGUGGGCCUGCCUGUGCGAUCUGCUGAACUGUUUGGAUCAGGAUAUCCAAGAAGCAAACUUCAAGACAUCAAGUAGUCGACUUCUAGCAGCUGUUAUGUCCGCUCUGUGUCACACUUCUGUUAAGCUGACUUCCAUCUUCCCUAUUGCCUAUGAUGGAGAAGUACUGCUGCGGUCAAUCGUUAAACAAGUUAGCACAGAGAACGACUCAACACUGGUUCACCGGUUUCCCCUUUUGGUAGCGCAUAUGGAAAAACUCAGCCAGAGUGAAGAGAAUAUCUCAGGGAUGACAAGCUUCCGUGAAGUUCUGGAGAAGAUGCUGGUUAUUGUCGUGCUCCCCGUCAGGAACAGCCUGAGGCGGGAAAAUGAGCUGUUCUCCUCCCACUUGGUCUCCAACACCUGCGGGUUACUGGCCAGCAUUGUCAGCGAGCUGACGGCGUCAGCCCUGGGAUCGGAGAUUGAUGGACUUAAUUCUCUUCACUCUGUUAAAGCCAGUGCUAACCGAUUCACAAAAACAAGUCAGGGAAGAAGUUGGAACACUGGGAAUGGGUCCCCUGAUGCAAUCUGUUUUUCAGUCGACAAGCCUGGCAUAGUUGUGGUUGGUUUUUCUGUCUAUGGAGGAGGUGGAAUUCAUGAAUAUGAAUUAGAGGUGCUGGUUGACGAUAGUGAACAUGCAGGAGAUUCAACUCAUUCUCACAGAUGGACAUCUCUAGAAUUAGUCAAAGGAACCUAUACAACAGAUGAUUCGCCCAGUGAUAUCGCUGAAAUCAGACUUGACAAAGCUGUUCCUUUAAAGGAAAACGUUAAAUACGCCGUGCGCUUGAGGAACUAUGGGAGCCGAACAGCCAAUGGAGAUGGGGGAAUGACCACCGUUCAGUGCCCUGAUGGUGUGACGUUCACAUUCAGCACAUGCAGCUUGAGUAGUAAUGGCACAAACCAGACCAGAGGGCAGAUUCCACAGAUACUUUACUAUAGGAGUGAAUUUGAUGGAGAUUUACAGUCCCAGCUUCUGAGUAAAGCCAAUGAAGAAGAUAAAAACUGUAGCAGAGCUCUCUCUGUGGUAAGCACCGUUGUUCGAGCUGCAAAAGACCUUUUGCACAGAGCUCUUGCUGUGGAUGCUGAUGACAUUCCAGAACUGCUUAGCUCUUCCAGUCUGUUUUCCAUGCUGCUUCCCCUUAUUAUAGCCUACAUUGGACCAGUAGCUGCUGCUAUUCCCAAGGUGGCUGUAGAAGUCUUUGGCCUUGUCCAACAGUUGCUUCCCUCAGUUGCCAUUUUGAAUCAGAAGUAUGCGCCCCCUGCGUUCAAUCCUAACCAGUCAACAGACAGCACCACAGGAAACCAGCCCGAACAAGGCCUCUCUGCAUGUACCACCUCUAAUCACUAUGCCGUCAUAGAGAGUGAACACCCCUAUAAACCUGCAUGUGUGAUGCACUACAAGGUGACCUUCCCAGAAUGUGUACGGUGGAUGACAAUUGAGUUUGACCCUCAGUGUGGUACUGCACAAUCAGAAGAUGUCCUCCGUUUGUUGAUUCCCAUCAGGACUAUUCAGAAUUCAGGAUACGGACCAAAAUUGACAUCUGUCCAUGAAAAUCUUAAUUCCUGGAUAGAGUUGAAGAAAUUUUCAGGAUCUUCUGGGUGGCCUACUAUGGUUUUAGUGUUGCCAGGAAAUGAGGCCCUGUUUUCAUUGGAGACUGCAUCAGAUUAUGUGAAAGAUGACAAGGCUUCCUUCUAUGGUUUCAAAUGUUAUGCAAUUGGAUAUGAGUUUAGCCCUGGACCUGAUGAGGGAGUCAUUCAGUUGGAAAAAGAGUUAGCCAAUCUAGGUGGGAUUUGUGCAGCGGCUUUGAUGAAAAAGGACCUGGCACUUCCUAUUGGUAACGAAUUAGAAGAAGAUCUUGAAAUUCUUGAAGAGGCCGCAUUACAGGUGUGCAAAACCCAUUCUGGUAUUCUUGGAAAGGGUUUAGCUCUUUCUCAUUCACCAACUAUAUUAGAGGCACUUGAAGGAAACUUACCACUGCAAAUCCAAAGCAAUGAACAGUCCUUCCUGGAUGACUUUAUUGCUUGUGUUCCCGGAUCAAGCGGUGGGAGGCUUGCAAGGUGGCUUCAGCCAGAUUCCUAUGCUGAUCCUCAGAAAACUUCUUUGAUUCUGAAUAAGGAUGAUAUUCGUUGUGGUUGGCCUACCACCAUAACUGUUCAAACAAAAGACCAGUAUGGGGAUGUGGUACAUGUUCCCAAUAUGAAGGUGGAAGUGAAAGCUGUUCCCGUUUCUCAGAAAAAAACAUCUUUACAACAAGAGCAAGUGAAGAAGCCUCAAAGGAUCCCUGGCAGUCCUGCCAUCACAGCUGGGCCCUCUAACACCGACAAGACUUUCGGUGGGCUGGCAUCGCCGAAGCUGGAUGUUUCGUAUGAACCGAUGAUAGUGAAGGAAGCUCGCUAUAUUGCCAUAACAAUGAUGAAGGUUUAUGAAAAUUACUCAUUUGAAGAACUACGUUUUGCAUCACCAACUCCCAAGAGACCCAGUGAGAAUAUGCUGAUCCGUGUCAAUAAUGAUGGCACUUACUGUGCAAAUUGGACUCCAGGAGCCAUUGGACUUUACACUAUUCAUGUUACCAUCGAUGGCAUUGAAAUAGAUGCUGGACUGGAAGUAAAAGUAAAAGACCCACCAAAAGGGAUGAUACCACCAGGAACUCAGCUGGUCAAACCAAGGACUGAACCUCAACCAAAUAAGGUUCGGAAAUUUGUGGCCAAGGACAGUGCAGGGCUCCGCAUCCGCAGCCACCCCUCCCUGCAGAGUGAGCAGAUCGGCAUAGUGAAAGUCAACGGGACCAUCACUUUCAUCGACGAGAUUCACAAUGACGAUGGUGUGUGGCUGAGACUGAAUGAUGAGACAAUAAAGAAGUAUGUGCCUAACAUGAAUGGUUACACUGAAGCCUGGUGCCUCUCUUUUAAUCAGCAUCUUGGCAAGAGCCUUCUGGUCCCUGUUGACGAACCUAAAACUAAUACUGAUGAAUUUUUCAAAGACAUAAACUCCUGCUGCCCACAGGAAGCAACAAUGCAAGAACAAGAUAUGCCGUUCUUGCGAGGAGGUCCGGGAAUGUACAAGGUAGUGAAGACAGGACCUUCUGGCCACAACAUCAGAAGCUGCCCUAACCUUAGAGGUAUCCCAAUUGGAAUGUUAGUUCUGGGAAACAAAGUCAAAGCAGUGGGAGAGGUAACCAAUUCUGAAGGUACAUGGGUGCAGCUGGAUAAGAACAGCAUGGUAGAGUUCUGUGAGAGUGAUGAAGGAGAGGCAUGGUCCUUAGCUAGAGACAGAGGCGGAAACCAGUACCUCCGACAUGAAGAUGAACAAGUGCUUCUGGAUCAGAAUUCUCAAACUCCUCCUCCAAGCCCUUUCUCAGUACAAGCUUUCAAUAAAGGGGCAAGUUGCAGUGCCCAAGGAUUUGAUUAUGGACUCGGAAAUAAUAAAGGUGACCGAGGAACUAUCUCAACAUCUUCUAGACCAGUCUGUACGUCAGGAAAAUCAGAACUGUCCUCCAAACACAGCAGAUCCAUUAAACCUGAUGGACGUAUGAGCCGGACUACUGCUGAUCAAAAGAAACCAAGGGGUACAGACGGUUUAUCAGCUAGUGAAUCCCUCAUGUUGAAAUCUGAUGCUGCAAAGUUGAGGUCAGAUUCUCAUAGUAGGUCAUUGUCCCCCAACCAUAACACCUUGCAGACAAUGAAAUCUGAUGGGAGGAUGUCUUCUAGUUUCAGAGCUGAAUCCCCGGGACCAGGUUCUCGGUCAUCGUCUCCUAAGCCAAAGACUCUCCCCGCCAAUAGGUCUAGCCCAUCUGGUGCUAGUUCUCCCCGCUCCUCCUCACCACAUGAUAAAAAUCUACCUCAAAAAAGCACGGCUCCUGUUAAGACAAAACUUGAUCCUCCUCGGGAACGUUCCAAAUCAGACUCUUACACACUUGAUCCAGACACCCUCCGCAAGAAGAAAAUGCCUCUCACAGAACCAUUAAGGGGACGGUCAACAUCACCAAAACCAAAACCAGUACCAAAGGAUUCAAAAGAUUCCCCCGGAUCUGAAAAUAGAGCUCCUUCUCCCCAUGUGGUACAAGAAAACCUUCACAGUGAGGUGGUGGAAGUCUGCACUUCAAGUACGUUAAAAACAAACAGUCUAACAGAUAGCACCUGUGAUGAAAGCAGUGAAUUUAAGAAUGUGGAUGAAGGUUCAAAUAAAGUUCAUUUCAGCAUAGGAAAAGCCCCGCUGAAAGAGGAACAAGACAUGAGAGCAUCCCCUAAAAUAAGUCGAAAGUGUGCUAAUAGACACACCAGGCCCAAAAAGGAAAAAUCCAACUUUCUCUUCAAAGGAGACGGAGCCAAACCUUUAGAGCCCGCCAAACAAGCCAUGUCCCCUUCCGUGGCCGAGUGUGCCAGGGCAGUCUUUGCCUCCUUCCUGUGGCAUGAAGGCAUAGUGCACGACGCGAUGGCUUGUUCUUCUUUCUUAAAGUUUAAUCCUGAACUUUCCAAAGAACAUGCUCCUAUAAGAAGUAGUUUAAACAGUCAACAACCUACAGAAGAAAAGGAAACCAAAUUAAAAAACAGACACUCAUUGGAAAUAUCAUCUGCACUGAAUAUGUUUAAUAUUGCACCUCAUGGACCAGAUAUAUCCAAAAUGGGUAGUAUCAACAAAAACAAGGUGCUGUCUAUGCUUAAGGAGCCACCUCUGCAUGAAAAAUGUGAGGAUGGGAAAACCGAAGCCACUUUCGAAAUGUCCAUGCAUCACCCAAUGAAGUCAAAAUCUCCUCUUCCCUUGACUUUACAACAUUUGGUGGCUUUCUGGGAAGACAUCUCUUUGGCUACUAUCAAAGCAGCUUCCCAAAAUAUGAUUUUCCCAAGUCCCGGCUCUUGUGCAGUCCUUAAAAAGAAAGAGUGUGAAAAAGAGAAUAAGAAGGCCAAAAAAGAGAAAAAGAAAAAAGAAAAGGCAGAAGUUCGGCCCAGAGGUAACUUAUUUGGUGAGAUGGCCCAGCUGGCAGUAGGAGGACCAGAGAAAGACACCAUCUGUGAGCUGUGCGGAGAGUCACAUCCAUACCCAGUGACAUAUCACAUGAGACAAGCUCACCCAGGCUGCGGCCGUUAUGCUGGUGGACAAGGUUACAACAGCAUUGGGCACUUUUGUGGAGGAUGGGCUGGUAACUGUGGCGAUGGUGGCAUAGGAGGAAGCACUUGGUAUCUGGUAUGUGAUCGCUGUCGGGAAAAGUACCUCCGUGAAAAACAGGCUGCUGCAAGGGAAAAGGUCAAACAAUCUAGGAGGAAGCCAAUGCAAGUGAAGACUCCUCGUGCCUUGCCCACCAUGGAAGCUCACCAGGUGAUUAAAGCAAAUGCACUCUUCCUGCUGUCUCUGAGCAGUGCAGCGGAGCCAAGCAUCCUGUGUUACCAUCCUGCGAAACCGUUCCAGUCGCAGCUUCCCAUUGUGAAAGAGGGCAUUUCUGAGGACCUUCCUGUUAAAAUGCCUUGUCUCUACCUGCAGACCUUAGCUAGGCAUCAUCACGAAAAUUUUGUGGUCUAUCAAGAUGACAACUUAUUCCAAGAUGAAAUGAGAUACCUACGUUCAACAUCUGUACCUGCCCCCUACAUAUCAGUAACUCCUGAUGCCAGUCCUAAUGUAUUUGAAGAGCCAGAGAGCAACAUGAAGUCUAUGCCACCGAGUUUAGAAACUAGUCCCAUAACUGAUACUGAUCUUGCAAAGAGAACUGUCUUCCAAAGAUCAUACUCAGUUGUUGCUUCUGAAUAUGAUAAACAACACUCCAUUUUACCUGCACGAGUUAAAGCCAUUCCUAGAAGAAGAGUUAACAGUGGGGACACUGAAGUUGGCUCUUCUCUCUUGAGACAUCCAUCUCCUGAACUUUCCCGGCUAAUCUCAGCCCACAGCUCUCUUUCCAAAGGAGAACGAAAUUUCCAAUGGCCAGUUUUAGCUUUCGUUAUACAGCACCAUGAUCUAGAAGGUCUUGAAAUAGCAAUGAAACAGGCCUUAAGGAAAUCUGCUUGUCGAGUUUUUGCUAUGGAGGCUUUCAACUGGCUUCUAUGCAAUGUCAUCCAAACGACUUCCCUCCAUGACAUUCUGUGGCACUUUGUGGCAUCAUUGACUCCCGCUCCAGUGGAACCAGAAGAAGAAGAGGAUGAGGAAAAUAAAACGAACAAAGAAAAUACAGAACAAGAAAAAGAUACAAGAGUGUGUGAACAUCCACUCUCAGAUAUAGUGAUUGCAGGUGAAGCUGCUCAUCCUUUACCACAUACGUUUCACCGCUUGCUUCAGACGAUCUCCGAUCUCAUGAUGUCCCUCCCCAGUGGCAGUUCAUUACAGCAGAUGGCCCUGAGAUGCUGGAGUCUGAAAUUCAAGCAAUCCGAUCACCAGUUCCUCCAUCAGAGCAACGUCUUUCAUCACAUUAACAAUAUUUUGUCAAAAUCAGAUGAUGGAGAUAGUGAAGAGAGUUUUAGCAUCAGUAUUCAGUCUGGCUUUGAAGCUAUGAGUCAGGAAUUAUGCAUAGUCAUGUGCUUAAAGGACUUAACCAGCAUUGUUGACAUAAAAACGUCAAGCCGGCCUGCCAUGAUUGGCAGUUUGACAGAUGGCUCCACAGAGACUUUUUGGGAAUCAGGAGAUGAGGAUAAAAACAAAACUAAGAACAUCACCAUCAACUGUGUGAAAGGAAUCAAUGCUCGCUACGUAUCUGUUCAUGUGGAUAAUUCCCGAGAUCUUGGGAAUAAAGUUACCUCAAUGACCUUCUUAACUGGCAAAGCAGUGGAAGAUUUGUGCAGAAUAAAGCAGGUGGAUCUGGAUUCCAGGCACAUCGGUUGGGUAACAAGUGAACUUCCAGGAGGGGAUAAUCACAUCAUCAAAAUUGAAUUAAAGGGCCCAGAAAAUACACUGCGAGUCCGACAAGUAAAGGUCUUGGGCUGGAAGGACGGUGAAAGCACGAAAAUUGCCGGCCAGAUUUCAGCCAGUGUGGCCCAGCAGAGGAACUGUGAAGCUGAGACUCUACGAGUGUUCAGACUCAUCACAUCUCAAGUGUUUGGAAAGCUCAUCUCGGGAGAUGCUGAACCAACGCCCGAACAAGAAGAAAAAGCACUGUUGUCAUCACCUGAAGGAGAGGAAAAAGUAUACAAUGCGACAUCAGAUGCUGACCUGAAAGAACAUAUGGUUGGAAUCAUAUUCAGCAGGAGUAAACUGACUAACUUGCAAAAACAGGUUUGUGCUCACAUAGUUCAGGCCAUUCGCAUGGAAGCCACCAGAGUUCGUGAAGAAUGGGAACAUGCCAUAUCAAGCAAAGAAAAUGCCAAUUCUCAGCCCAAUGAUGAAGAUGCCUCCUCUGAUGCUUACUGCUUUGAACUGCUCUCUAUGGUCUUGGCGUUGAGCGGCUCCAACGUGGGCCGGCAGUACCUGGCUCAGCAGCUCACUCUGCUCCAGGAUCUCUUCUCACUGCUCCACACAGCAUCGCCUCGAGUCCAGAGACAGGUGACCUCCUUACUAAGACGAGUUUUGCCCGAAGUGACCCCCAGCCGUCUGGCCAGCAUCAUAGGCGUGAAAUCCCUCCCCCCAGCAGACAUCAGUGAUAUCAUUCACUCCACGGAGAAAGGGGAUUGGAACAAGCUGGGCAUCUUGGACAUGUUUCUGGGCUGCAUUGCCAAAGCGCUCACAGUACAGCUGAAGGCCAAAGGGACUACCAUCACAGGAACAGCAGGAACCACCGUGGGCAAGGGGGUUACCACAGUCACCCUUCCGAUGAUUUUCAAUUCCAGUUACAUUCGACGAGGUGAAAGUCAUUGGUGGAUGAAGGGCUCAACUCCCACCCAGAUCUCAGAGAUCAUCAUUAAACUUAUUAAGGACAUGGCGGCAGGUCAUCUAUCAGAAGCAUGGUCCCGUGUGACCAAAAAUGCCAUUGCAGAAACCAUCAUUGCCUUGACCAAGAUGGAGGAAGAAUUCAGAUCUCCAGUGAGAUGUAUUGCAACAACGAGGCUCUGGCUCGCGCUAGCCUCCCUGUGCGUUCUGGAUCAGGACCAUGUGGAUCGUCUCUCCUCCGGAAGAUGGAUGGGAAAGGAUGGACAACAAAAACAAAUGCCUAUGUGUGAUAACCAUGAUGAUGGUGAAACUGCAGCGAUCAUUUUAUGCAACGUAUGUGGGAAUUUAUGUACCGACUGUGACAGAUUCCUUCAUCUUCAUCGACGAACCAAAACUCAUCAGAGACAGGUCUUCAAAGAAGAAGAAGAAGCUAUAAAGGUCGACCUUCAUGAAGGCUGUGGUAGAACCAAAUUGUUUUGGUUGAUGGCACUCGCAGAUUCUAAAACCAUGAAAGCAAUGGUGGAAUUCCGAGAGCACACAGGCAAACCCACCACAAGUAGCUCAGAAGCAUGCCGCUUCUGUGGUUCCAGAAGUGGAACAGAGUUAUCUGCUGUUGGCAGUGUUUGUUCUGAUGCAGAUUGCCAGGAAUACGCUAAGAUAGCCUGUAGUAAGACACACCCUUGUGGCCAUCCGUGCGGAGGUGUGAAGAACGAAGAGCACUGUCUGCCCUGUCUGCACGGCUGCGAUAAAACCGCCACCGCCCUGAAGCAGGACGCGGACGACAUGUGCAUGAUAUGCUUCACUGAGGCGCUCUCGGCAGCACCGGCCAUCCAGCUGGACUGUAGUCACGUGUUCCACUUACAGUGCUGUCGGCGAGUUUUGGAAAACAGAUGGCUUGGUCCAAGGAUAACGUUUGGAUUUAUAUCUUGUCCCAUCUGCAAGAACAAAAUCAAUCAUAUAGUAUUAAAAGACCUGCUUGAUCCAAUAAAAGAACUCUAUGAGGAUGUCAGAAGAAAAGCCUUAAUGCGAUUGGAAUAUGAAGGUCUGCAUAAGAGUGAAGCCAUCACAACUCCUGGAGUGAGAUUUUAUAAUGACCCAGCUGGCUAUGCCAUGAAUAGAUAUGCAUAUUAUGUUUGCUACAAAUGCAGAAAGGCAUACUUCGGUGUAGCUCGCUGUGAUGCCGAGGCUGGACAAGGGGAUGACUAUGAUCCCAGAGAGCUCAUUUGUGGUGCCUGUUCUGACGUGUCCAGGGCUCAGAUGUGUCCGAAACAUGGCACAGACUUCUUGGAGUAUAAAUGUCGCUACUGCUGCUCAGUGGCUGUCUUUUUCUGUUUUGGAACGACACAUUUUUGUAAUGCUUGUCAUGAUGAUUUUCAAAGGAUGACGAGCAUUCCUAAGGAGGAACUACCACACUGUCCUGCAGGUCCCAAAGGCAAACAGUUAGAAGGAACUGAAUGUCCACUCCAUGUUGUUCAUCCACCCACCGGGGAAGAGUUUGCUUUGGGUUGUGGAGUGUGCAGAAAUGCUCACACUUUUUAAAACACUCAGAUUCCUGUGUCUGUAGAGAGAAAAGUUGCCUUCAUCCUCUAACUGGAUGUGGUAAAGUUUAAACUCUGCUCAGGAUAAGGACGGGACCAUUUUUACAUCCAUGAAAACGAACCAUUCACAGUGCAAGAAGGAUGCCAAAUACCGUGUACAUAAUUCUUGCUGUGGAAAGUUUCCCCAUUAUUUUGGUUUAUUUUCUUUGAGCCAAGACAUCAGACUUGUGAGGUGUUUGCAUGUGGCCAUUACCGUCAUUGGCCUGUGAGGCAUUGGACAUUUAUAGAUAAUUGACAUAAAAAGAAUCACCAUGUCCACGGACUAAGAAUGAUGCUGGCUUUCAAGCAAAAAAAAGGAAAAAAAUCAUUGUUUAUUGUAUACUGCCUUUUUGUAAUCCUGUACAAUUGCAUCACGGGUGGGGAUAAAAAGAAGAAUAUUCUGGUUUAUUUCUUAGACUGUUAUUUAAAAAAUUGUGUUAGGAUGGCAUAUAAAUGUAAUAAGUAUUACACUGUAUAUAAAGAUAUUCAAUGUUUGUCCUCUAUAAGAAUUAUUAAAUUACAAAUGCAGUUUCAUUUAAACUUCUAGGUUAAGUUUGAGCCUGAAAUUUUAAUGAAGUGCAAUACUGAGUGUGCCUCAUUACCCUGCAGCUGUAAACACAUCGGAAUGUACAUGUCAAUAAACCACUGUGCAUUUUUAUACAGUGAUAAAGCAUAA